AUGUAUAGACAGUUGUUUGAGGACUGUACGGCGGCUUCUGCGCUGAUUGUAAAGUGGUGGACUAUGGCAGGGAAGCAGCAGAGACCCACUGCUUCUGACGGCUCCGCUGAGACCAAAAGGACCGAAGUCAGGACCACAGAAAAGAAAUGCUCAUGGGCUUCUUACAUGACCAACUCUCCCACCGUGAUCGUGAUGAUCGGUUUGCCCGCUCGAGGGAAGACGUACAUGUCCAAGAAGCUCACGCGGUACCUCAACUGGAUCGGCGUGCCAACCAAAGUGUUUAACCUUGGAGUUUACAGAAGAGAAGCAGUCCAGUCCUAUAAGUCCUAUGAUUUCUUCAGACAUGACAACAAAGAGGCCAUGCGGAUCAGAAAACAGUGUGCCGUCAUCGCGCUGCAGGAUGUCAAGGCCUAUCUCAGUGAUGAAGGAGGACAGAUCGCUGUGUUUGAUGCUACGAACACGACCAGAGAGAGACGGGAGCUCAUUCUAAAUUUUGCCAAAGAAAAUGCUUACAAGGUGUUUUUCGUGGAGUCCAUAUGUGAUGAUCCGGAUGUAAUUGCUGAAAACAUACUGGAAGUGAAGGUGUCCAGCCCAGAUUACCCCGAAAAGGACCGAGAGAGCGUCAUGGAGGACUUCUUGAAGAGAAUCGAAUGUUACAAAGUGACUUAUCAACCUAUGGAUCCUGAUGAACACGACAAAAACCUGUCCUUCAUCCAGGUGAUCAACGUUGGCCGUCGGUUCCUGGUGAACAAAGUGCAGGAUUACAUCCAGAGUAAGAUUGUGUAUUACCUGAUGAACAUCCAUGUGCACUCUCACUCCAUCUACCUGUGUCGCCAUGGAGAGAGCCACCACAACGUGGAGGGACGCAUCGGGGGCGACUCCCAGCUCACAGACAACGGAAAACAGUUUGCUGCAGGGCUCAAGGCUUUUGUAGAAGAACACCACCUCUCUGACCUGAAGGUGUGGACCAGUCAGCUCAGACGCACCAUCCAGACCGCAGAGGAGCUGGGGGUCCCCUAUGAGCAGUGGAAGAUCCUCAACGAAAUAGAUGCAGGAGUGUGCGAGGAAAUGACAUACAAGACGAUCGAAGAAACUUAUCCAGAAGAAUACGCCAUGAGAGACCAAGACAAAUACCACUAUCGCUACCCAGGAGGAGAGUCCUACCAAGACCUGGUGCAGCGUCUGGAGCCGGUUAUAAUGGAGCUGGAGAGACAGGGGAACGUGCUGGUCAUCUGUCACCAGGCUGUCAUGCGCUGCUUACUCGCUUACUUCAGAGACAAGAGCGCAGACGACCUGCCUUAUUUGAAAUGCCCCCUCCACACUGUCCUUAAACUGACACCAGUGGCAUAUGGCUGUAAAGUAGAUAUGUUUGACUUAAAAGUGAAAUCUGUCAACACGCACCGGGACAGACCCAUCUUGAAAAAACCAGUGAACGAGAUGCCUCCGGCUUUCAUCAGAAGGAACAGCUUCACGCCGCUGUCGUCCCGGGACCAGAUCAAAAGGCCUCGUCUUUACAGCGCAGACAACUCCACGGUCUCUCGGUUCUCCCACACGCCUACAUUACCCAGCAUGCAACUGUCAGAGGCGCCUGAAGGUGCAGAGCCGCAAAACCAGGAGAUUUUCAACGGCUUUAGUGCAUCCGCCGACUCUGACCCAGCUCCCACUUAA